CGCACGCAUCGCACCGUCGUGUCGACGGCGCCCCUCGAACCAAUACCGCGUCCCGGAACCGGUCACGUGACGCCCCGGGACAACUGCUACAGUGAACAGACGAACGUACCGACGUCGCCGUCGCAGACAGGCGUACGGGCCGUUCGGCGUGUGGGGCCUUCGUAGUUCGCCAAACGACUGAACGAAUGUUAUUUUUUUUUUUUAUGUUUCUAUACUCACGAUAUCUAGGUUUUUUUCCGAUUUCGGUCGCCGGACUCGGCUCGACCGUCCGCACCCUACCGAGGCCUCUGACUAAGAUAUUUUCCGUCUACUUUUACCUGGAAUAUUUACUCGAUGCCGACAACGCGUCUAACGCGUUGUCGAAUAUUUAUAAUUUUCAUAGCACCAGCUAUUAUUAUUGCACAACUACGAGAUUAUUUGUACAAUUGUACCUGUAUUACUUUCCUUACUGACUGCAAUUUAUUUAUUAUUAAAAUUUGCAUUGGCCCAAAUAAUGGGAGGGGGAGACGCGUGCGGCCAUGCAAGGUUGCAUCUAAAAUUGAUUAAUUUAAUAAACCAAUAAUGGGGCCACUAAACCAUUAGCUCUCUAAAUAUGAACAUUCAUUAAUUAAAUAAUAAAAUAAUAAAUUGUGAUUGUACGUUUUUUCAUGUAACUGAUCAUUAGCAUCUCGAAUUUCUGCUAAGUCAUCCAACUCAAAAUUUAGUACUCUGUACAAAGUAUACUUCAUUUUUAAUGAAAUAUUUAAUAUUAUCGAAGUUUUGGAGGAACCACCUCUCCCCUAAACAAAAAUUUGACUUAUUUGUUUCACUGAUAAUAGGAGUAUUUUUUUUACCCUCCCCCGCAUUUAAAAUAAAUCCGAAACACGCCAUAUUUGAUAGCACUUAUCACUAACUGAUAACUGGUGGCUAUCAGUGAUAGCAACUGUCGUGUUUUUAUAUUUAUAUUUUAUUCAUCAUUAGUUGCCCCUUAACGACUUGUAAAAUAUUCGCAAUUCGGAACUGGUAGAUAUUAGCUUACCAUCAAAAUUGUUCAAGAAUAAAAGAAAAAAAAUGAUAUGACCAUAAUUUUGUUCUUACAAUGAAUAUUACAUCAAACUACCAAUGUUCUUACCUAAAAUGUGUUCUGGAAAGCCUUUUAUUAUCUGUGAUUUAUGUGUCCAGUUUGUAUGUAUGGAAUUCACAACAUUCUAGAGAUCAUCCUUUGACUAUAAAGAAAAGAUUUCUUAGUGUAUCAUUUAUGUUAAUAUUUUCACCAUUAUAUACAUGGUAUUUCAUUAACGACAAAACUAAAGUACCUAUUUGGUAUUGGUUGGGUUUGAAAUGGGACGGAAUAUUUAUGUCCGCUGCAUCUUCACUUUUUUUAACAUGUAUAUUAUUUCUGGGUUCAAUAUGUUUAAUUUUUUGUAAAAGCAUUCAAUUAAAAAACAUCAUUAGUAUUGAAAAUAUUAAAUCAAACGUAACAGAUUUGAUUUGGCUCAGAAAUUAUGUGGUAGCACCAAUAUCUGAAGAAUUUACCUUUAGAGCUUGCAUUAUACCUCUAUUACUUCAAUGUUUCCAGCCAAUGACCACUAUUUUAAUUUGUCCCAUAUUUUUUGGAGCAGCACAUUUUAAUCAAUGGAUAGAAAGAAUGCAUGCUGGUGUACCAUGUUUAGAUGCUUUUAUUAUGUCAGUGUUUCAGUUUAUGUAUACUACAAUAUUUGGAGCAUAUUCAGCAUUGCUAUUCAUAUCCACUGGGCAUGUUAUAGGACCAAUUAUAGCUCAUAAAUUUUGCAACCACAUGGGAUUUCCUGACUUCCGAGAAAUGUUUCACUUUCAAGAGCCAAAACGUAGCUGUUUACUAGUUCUCUCAUUAAUUGGGUUAAUACUGUGGUGCAUAUUAAUUAAAUAUACAACGGACCCACAGAUAUAUUCGAACCAUAUGGAUUGGACUGAAAUGAACCAAUGUAAUACAAUAAACUCAAGCAAUAAUUUUGAGAAAAAAAUGUUGUAAAAUUGUAAAUACAAAAACCUUUAUUUACAUACAUGCAAAAAGAGAAUAUUAUAUACAUUAUAACAUUUUAAUAAAAUCGUUUAGCUCAAAAAUGUAAUACAAAUGCUUCUAUUAAAUCGAAGCAAUGAAACAUAAUAAAAAUGUUAAAUUUAAAAUAAAAGACUGGAUUAUA